UUUGCAAAAUGCUUUGGGUAUUCGCUGUUUGCUCUCAAAGAGCUGCCAUUGUGGUUUCCUACCUUUAACCUUUUUCAGUUUCAGAGCUCCUACCUUUAAUUCUGCAAUGAAUUUCUGUUGGAAAUUCCAGACCUUUCCUCAAACGCGGCCGUUUCAUGAGUUGAUAAAUAAUGACGCGUGCCACCACUGAGUUGAUAAACAAUGACGCGUUUCAUUGCACGUGGCAGCUCUAUCGUGUCGGUUUCAGGUUCACCAUCUCAAUAUAAGGGUAGAACCGGGAAUACAACAUUGUAUUAGCCUAUAAGCACAUUGAAGGACAAAUCUAAUCCACAAAAGUCGAAGCAGAUUGACUUGGGGAAUAUUGUAGUUUGUAAGGGAUUUCAACUUGGAACCUUGAGAAGUUGAGCUUGAAGAAUCAAAUCAGGAUUCAUACAGUAGAUCCCAACUUGUUUGAGGCUGAGAGAUAUCAUGGCGAAGGAGUAUCAAUUGCCUUUCAAGGUUGGGCAAUUCGCGGAAGCGAGGUCUUUCCGGAGUGGAUUUCGUAGUGCAUGGUUUCGGUGUAAGAUAAAGGAGAUUAACCACAAAAGAGGACAUUGGAAUGCGCGAUUGGAAUAUUUUGAUUAUCCAGAUGAAAAACUGACUUGGAUGAGGCUGUUCCAAAUGCCCCCAUAUAACAUUGGGAAGUCGAAGGAAAAAAAGCAACUAAUGCUGCGGCCGCAGUAUCCUCCAAUCAAGCUUAAAAAUGAAGUUUCAGGUGUCAGUUCAAUUUCUGAUGCUAUGAUAGUUGUAGAUGGUAAUUGGCAGGUAGGUGAUUUGGUUGAUUGGUGGGCUAAUGGCUGUUAUUGGUCUGGGCAACUGACAAAGUUACUUGGCAACAGUAAAGCUGAGAUGGCAUUGACACCACCUCCUAUUGGUGAAGGUGCACUUUAUGAAAUUCAUUUCAAAGAUUUACGCCCAUCCUUAGAUUGGUCCCCAAAUUUUGGUUGGACUGUUCUUGCAUCCCAGUAUGGUGAUAGUGUCCGUCGAUGUGCUCAACUAAUUCAACCUGUCAACCAAGCCCUUGGUCGCUUUCCAGCUUUGGAAAUACAUUCCAUGAGUGAAGGGAGAAAGGACAGCCAAGCAAAAGCUGGGUCUUCAUCAAAUCUUUCUUCACCUACUAAUUUAUAUGCAAACUCGCUCCCAGGCUCAGAGGAAACGAAGGAUUUUAAAACCACAGGGUUAGUAGAACAAUCCUCGAUCAUUGACCUUCCAAAGGAAGCUGCGAACACAUCAAAGAAAGUCAGUCGGUCAGAUAUUAAUUCCGGUUCUCAGUUGGGAGAUAAAUUAGCAAAGGAAGCCAGUUGGUCAGAUAAUGGUUCUACUUCCUGUAUUGCAAUUGAUCAAGCAAAAACCGCUGAGACAACUGAAAACUUUUACCUUUCCAGUUGUCCUUUGAAGAAGUUUAGAACCAGUGAUGGCGUUCGGUUACAUUCAAUGGGUUCUGACUCAACGGAGGCAGUGAUUUUGGAUUUGGAGGAACUUGCAAACAAAAUUAAAUGGCUGAAAGGACUGCUUGAGUUCGGAAAACCCGUGUCUAAUGCUAACAGGCCUUCAUGGAAGUUCGUGGAACAUCAUGCAUCUUCCAGAAAUAAAUAAUGGUUUCAGAAUAUGGAUGUGUCAUCCUAUGGCUCUCGAGAAAUAAAGUGUAAAGCUCUAUGCAGCCUUUGGAUCAUCUAUUGCAGGUUUUAUACACGUUCCAUAGUUCAAGAAGCCGUGCUGAUUUGAAAUUUGACUCGUCCCAAAAUAAGGUUUCAAGUCAAUUAAAAUCUGCAUAUUAAAUGAAUUUCUUUACGAAUAUAGAGUUUGGACCAAAAUGACUGGAUUCGGGCGAACCUGUACCAUUAAUGCUAGCUCCGCCACUGCAUGCAGAGACUAGUGCCAAGCCAGUAUAAGCUCAACUUGAUAUUCUGGCUUCCUCAGAUAUGAUUUAAAGAUGUACCGAAGAGCACUUGGCUAUCUUCUUUGCUUGAAAUUUUGUAGCAUCGACGAGUCGAUGAUAUGCACCAGUGAGUAAUUUGAGUAAUUUCUGCUGCCUUAAUAAGUAUACUAGUUCAGUUGGAUCACAGGUAUUUUGUGGCCAAUUGUUUGCUGCUCUGCCUUUGUAUUUGUAGCCAGCUGCUUUCUGCAACAGUUUUUUUCACUAAUGCUUUGUUCCAGUGAAGAACAAGCUUGUAUAGUUGUAUAUUAGACUCUCAGUUGAAGGCCUGAGGUCAAAGGCUGUUUUCCAAUUUUGACAUUUUUCUAUUUGUCUGUAAGAAUCAUUUGGGUAAUUCUACUUCUGUAACUUGAUAUUGCACUAAACCUCAGUUCUCUUUUCAAUAAAAGCAUUUUCACUUGUAUUUGCAUCUGA